ACUCGGUGAGAGGAAGGGAAACACAUCCGCCGCCGCGACAGAUAAACGCAGAACAAACAUGUGUGUGAAGUGAGACUAACUGAAGCUAAAGGAGCCAUGUUGGCCACCCAAACAUCUGAGAGCGGCCCAGAAACCACAGAUGUUAAACAGUGGAUUAAGGACAAGAUUGCACGGACACUGAAAGUCCUGCAGAAGCGUUGCAUCACCACAGACACGGUGGUCACCAGCGAGGACCUGGAAGCUAACCUGCUGUGUUGUGCUUUGGAGGCCGUCUUCAUCCAUGGAAUCAAGAGCAAGUUCAUCCGGUUUGAUGGAAGUCAGGUGCGCAAAGGAGGGUCACGAGGAGCAUUUCCUCAGCCCGUCUUCUGGAGCCUGUUGAAGACCGUCACCCACAGGGAUGUAGUUCAAGAACUGGAACGUCUAAGCUUCAUAAACUCAGACAUCGGCCGCUGCAGAGCAUGGGUUCGCCUGGCGCUAAAUGACGGGCUUCUGGAGUGUUACCUGACCUCGCUGCUUCGUGAAGGCUCGAACCUGGGCUCCUACUACCAGCCCGGGGCUCUUUUGCUGGACCCGGAGGACCGUGAGGUUCUACUCACCCUUCUACAGGGUUUGUCCUCCAUGACCUUCCAGCUCUCCUAUAAAUCAGCUGUGCUGAAUGAGUGGACCAACACACCCCUGGUCCUCGCGGGUCUGUGUCCCCCAACGCCUGCCGACGAGCAUCUUGUAGGCCCCAAGUGCAAGGAGUCUUGGGAUACGGUCUCCCAGUCAUCCGGAGGGUCUGGAAGCUCAGACUGGGCUCAGGAGGUGCUCCAGAGGGAGCCCAGGAGAGAGCAGCUGAACACACCUCUGACCACGUCAAACCUGAGUCUGGACACGUCAGGAUCAUCACAGCUGUCCUCCAGCCUGAGCUCUGAUAGUCUGCUGCAGGGUCAGGAGCUCAGGAGUCCAGAGCAGGAGCCCUGGAGCUGUGACACGGAGAUCAGCCAACACACACAACAGAAGAUCAGCGCUACAGAUGACCGCAGUUCCUCUAAUCAGGACUUGAAGCAAGACUUUGAUGUGUUCAUACCAGCUUCAGAUUCUGCAACAGAAGCUGUCAAUGACAACACACACAAGCCUAACGCAUCUCCCACAGCUGCACAGGACACACAUCAGUCAGAUGCACACAUCUCAGAGCAAUCUAAAGCAUCCUCAGAAAACAUUUCAGCUGAGACGUUACAGGAGACGGAAGAAUCCAAGACUCUACUUAAAACCGCCACAGUCACCGAGACUCCAGAAAGUGGCCAGAAGAACUCCUCUGCUGAUUCCCCUUCAAUUUCUACUUUCACUGAGAUGUUUGAGAAGACCUCUGACCUUAAAGACCCUGACGCUCUUCCUUCAGAGACCCGCAUCGCCUCUAGUUCAGUGGUGCAAUCCCAACAUGCUGCAUAUAGACGCUCCGCAAGUACCGUCAGCAGGAAAGCCUCCUCAGACUCUCUGUAUUCCUCCUGCAAAUCCACAUCUUGGAUAUCAGAGGAUGAUUUCUACAAACCAGAAAAAAUGGACAGUCCUGAAGCGUAUGCCGUCAUUGACAUCGCGCAGAUGAACGGGCCAGAGACACCUACCUCUGAACCGGCCGGCAUCCAGUCAACACCUAGUGUAGUGCACCGGAGACAGAACGGUCUUCGUAACCCGUUCAGGGGUCUGCUGAAGCUGGGUCAGCUGGAGCGCCGCAGUGCGGUGGGCAUGUGGUGGGAUUAUUCCUGCGAGCUCUCUCCGUUUGAGCUGCGGCUUUACAUCGACGCAGAGGAGCGCAUCUGCUACGAAAACCUGUCCCUGUUGCGCUGCGAAGACGUUCACCUGUCCUCCAGUACCGAGGGCCGAUUCCGGCUCUCCUUCCCCGGCAAAAGAAUCUACCUGCGUGCACCGUCUCGAGGAGAGGCGGAGGACUGGGUGGAUCGCAUCGUGGAGGCCAUCAGUAAACUACGGCCCAUGAUAAAAGAAGAACAGUGGGAGGUGCUACACACGUCCAGUGACCAGGACGUCCCCUCACCGACACCAUCAAGCCCCGAGCACACCAACUCUGAGCUUCCAGAUACUCCACAGUUAGAUUGGACUCGUUAUAAAGACCCAGAACCAGAUGCCAUAAAGGAAGCGGUGGUCUAUCAGAACUUGGAGGAAAAGGGUUGGCGGUGUGUUUUACUUUCCCUCUCCCUGGAGACCCUCAGAGGUUACCAGGUCCAAGGGGACUCAAAGACGCCUCUGUUCUCAUACCCCAUUGGGAGCAUCAGGGAUGUGGUUCCGGAUGUCUCUUUAGGAAGCCCAGCAUUUUUUAAAGUUCUGACUGUGCGGGACACUCUGACGCUGCGGGCGGAGAGCGGUGAGGAAGCACGAGGAUGGAGGAGUCUGAUCAGAGGAGCGCUCGACUCGUAUCUGGAGACAGAGGAUGACGGAGCGGUUCAGGGCGUCUCAGCAGUGGGCAGUGUCCACAAACUGGUCCAACACAGACUGAAGGGAGAUGGGGUACUGCUCUCUCAUCUGUCUACUGUCCCGAAUGAGAGAGGACUAGAUGCACAAAACUACAAAUGUGCAGGUUGCCCUCGUCAGAUCGGGAUAUCUCUGGGGAGAGCCAGACUCUGUGAGUUCUCGGGUCAGUAUUACUGUGAGAGCUGCCAUCAGGGAGACACCACCAUCAUCCCCUCACGCAUGCUGCACAACUGGGACCUAACCACACGUCAGGUUUCAAAACAAGCCUUUAAGUUGCUGACUCAAAUUGAGCACGAGCCGCUCCUGCACCUUGAGGUUUUGAACCCUGACCUGUUUGAUCAUACUGACAUCAUGGAGAAAGUGCAGAGCCUGAGACUAAGGCUUCGUUUUCUUGGAGACUACAUCCUCAUCUGCCGCAGCGGCAUCAGCAAACAGAUCCAACCCAGACUUCAGCAGCGGACAUACUUACUGGAUAACAGUGAUCUAUACAGUGUACUGGACUUGCAGCAGAUAGCAGACGAGCACUAUGAAUCUUACCUGCAGUCUCUGAUUCAGUUUGGGUCCAAGCACGUGCUCAGCUGUGACCUUUGCACCCAAAGGGGCUUUAUAUGUCAGAUCUGCAAUAGUGACAACAUCAUCUUCCCUUUCCAGUUUGACAGCACCAUUAGGUGUGACAUCUGCAAAACGGUGUUUCAUUCCUCCUGCAAGGCCAAAUGUCCGGUCUGUCCACGCUGCGUUCGCAUACAAAAGUAUAUGGAGAGGGAUUUGGAGGACUGAUUUAGCUGUUAGUUAGAAACAGGUCAUGCUACAAGCUCAAAAUCCAGGGUUGGUACUAUAUGAUUGUAGUAUUGUAUCUAAAACAUUAUUUUUCUCAGUAGCUGAUCAACUGGAAGCGUUUGAUCGUUUUUCUUACACUAAGCAUUUUAUUUGACUCUGGACCUUAAGUGCACUUAUUAAACACUCAUCUGUACAUAUUUACUCACAUCAGCACUCCCGUGUAUGUUUCAUUAAAUGUUAAUAAUGCCAAAUCAACACUUUUCUGCAAUGGUGGGAGAAAAGUAUAUUAAAGCU